GUCGUGAAACAUUAAGAUUAAAGGCUUGCAACGGUCUAUUGCUUCUGCUGCUUGGAGACUAAGUAAUAUUGCGUCUUGAGUACUAGAAGCAGACACAAGAAAUCAUAAAAUGAGAAUCGCCACGGCCGCUGCCUUUUGCGUCGCCAGCGUCAAUGGAGUAAUGGAGGCCAGUCGGGUGGGGAAGCCAGCCCCUGUCAUGCAGGUCAACCCGGUGUCGGAUUCGGAGGAGAGGGGCGGAAACUCUAAUGUCGCGUUUCUCGAGGAAGAAGCUGUGGCGAAGAACAAGGAUGCUACUACUUCACACAGCCAGCAUCAGCAAGUGGACCAUGCGCCGCGACGCACUCCCCACGAUGCUGCAGGCGGAGUCAGCCGCGUGAACAGUGGGGAGGACGAAGAGGUUAUGCCAUCAGAAGCCACCGGUGCUGCUGCGCUCGGACUACAAAUAUCGGCGGAAGAACAUCCAACUCAUUCCGAUGAUGAAGGCGGUGAUGCAGAAGCAAGACGAACGUCGGCUCCUCGCAAACAAGCCGAAACUGAACUGCACGACAAGGAACAGCACGGCGGCACGUCGAGUCUCACCAAAUCUUCGACUGGAGCAGUAGUUCCACAUAAAAAAAAGCACCGCAAAACAAGACAUAAGCGGCGCCGCGAUCCCAGAGUGGACUGGGAGUGCUACCCUCUGAGCGGGCUCGAGCUGCAAAAGCGGAACGAUACAAAGUGGAUCUGCAACGCUGCCACGGGCGUUCUGCACUACCACGAAAAGCUCUCCCACCGCGACACGCAACGCCGGCGCCGCAGGUCGAAGCCGGGAAGAGGGACGAUCGUCGCGGCUUCGUACGACGAGGGGAAGUUGCACAAGUACAUAUCCUGUGAUAAGGAUCAUCACGUCGGAGGAGGAGAGCAGGAAAAUAGCGCGGGCAUGCAAAGCUGCUCUUUAGCAGAUACGUGCGCAGAAUGCACCGAUCCGGAGGCGUACUGUAAGUCGCUUGGGGGCACCGCGACGACGCUAGUUCGCAUCGACUGCAGGAAGGAAAAGACGAAGAAGAGGCUUGAGCUGGCGGCUUUUUUGGAAAGGAGGGAGGUGAGGGUGAAAAGAAAAUAAAAGGAGUUCAACAACCGCUUUUGAAACUCGUCUGAAAUCGAAGUAGAACUCCCAGUUAUGUGACCCGCUGUUGGUGUUGCCGUUGCGGCUUCUCCUCUUUAUUCCUUUGGAAUUGAGUUCUUGACAGAACUGUUGUGCACGAUGUUGCGGUGGUCGUAUAUGUGAUGGAUUAUUCGGUAAGCCGGUGGUUAUCGAGCGGGGGUUACGAAG